GGUUCCUGUUCAGUACUUUUCCUUUGGAGAUAGGAAUAAAGUCAUUUGCUUGCCCACAUAUCUCAUCCAGAAAACACCUUUGAAUUCCAGCUGCAGAGGACUUACCUGUCUCUCCAGGCUGAUGAAUUCUGAGGCUGCCCAUCUGAUGAGAUGCUUGCAGCAGAUCCAUAAGGUAUUCAGCAAUGCCAAUGAAAUCCUCGCAGGCAUCAGUCAGCCAUCUGUGUGCAGCGAGGUGCUGCUGUCUGCACCAGGGACUGCAUAUAUUCUGGGGUUGUCAGAAGUGUACCGGGUCUCCAAGCGCUUGGAAGAAGGGAUGAAGGCUAGGAGAGCGGAGAGUGAUGCCCUGCUGCAUUGUCUGCGCAAGGUGGAUCUGGCCUGGAACAACCUCCUGUCCUUUCUCGCUUUUGGCCAUUCUGUAUUCCAGAUGCUGAAUGUUAACCUGCUGGAGCCGCCUGGUGAAAGUGACCCUCGCUUGUCAGCUUCUGACCUAGCACCCGAACCAGUCUGUGGGGUUUGCCUAACUGAGGUGAAGCGGGAGCCCCAGGUGAGUUCUGGAAACUCAGAUCCUAUUAUGUAUGAAGGUAACUGUUAUCAUGCCAGCUGUGCCAAUUUCUGGCUGAACUGUGUGGAUGCCACUUUGCCAGGAGGGACGUGAUUCUUUUUUCUCCCCCCCGCCCCAACUUUCUGAAUGUACUCCAGUCGUCAGUUUCUUGGAAGGUUAAGAUCUGGAGACACAAACAGAGACUUUUGGAAGGCUACAGAAUCAUCUCCCAAGGCUUCAUUUGUGGUAGGAAGUAACUUUGGAGAGACAAAACAAGAUUGUGUGAAAUCAGACUUGUGCCUUUCUGUUCAUCAAAACAAUCUUGUUUUGUAGGAUGCUUUAAAAUGUGCCCAGGAACAACCUGUUUUCUAAUUUAUUUUGAGCACUUCUCUAUCUGUAUUCUGUGGUUUGCAUCCAGACUAAAUCAGUGGUGGUUCAUCUCUGUGAGCAUCAAUGGGACAACACAGAAACUUUUUGCACUAUUGAUGUUGUUGGUCAAGUGACAGCUUUUUGGAUCUGCUAUGACCUUUUCUGCCCACCCAACCAAACGUCUGCUAGAUGUUUUGGACUACAAUAUAUAAUUUGGUAUUUGAAUGAUUGGUAUUAGCAAUUGUAUUAUAAUUUGGUAUUGUUACAAUGAGGCUGUUAUUGGGUGGUAAUUGAAAAUUAAUAAAAAUUAUUAUCAGCCUGGUGACAACCAGAGGUUUUACACUACAACUCCCAUCAGCUCCAGAACCAUGCUGGCUGAGAGUGAUGGGAGUUGUACUGUAGUUUAAAGCUUCUGGUGGUCACUAGGCUGGACUAGGGCUUAGCAGUGUGAGACCUAACCCGGUCAGCCAUGAUUUACAUCCCUGGUAUCUUUGCUCCAUUGCCAAUUUUAUGCCAUCUUACUUUGGUCCGACUGAAUUGAAUUAGCCUUGCCCUUGGGUAAGUACAUAGCAUGACAUUUGCAACCAGUAUUGCCAAAUAAAGUCUUAAUGCAGGUCCAUAGCUUGAAAUAAGGUGAGGGUAAAGAAGCCUAAGGAAAUACUGUAAAAUGCAAGUAGUCUUUUAUUUUACUAAUUAAACGUAUUGUUCAGUUCUAUUAAUAUAGGUGCUCUGUGUGCAAGUCAAUUGAUGAACCUAAUACUAGUUCUG